AUAUCUAGGCCUAUCGCAAGCCAUUUAGAAGACUUGGCUGUACAAGACCCUCGCUGCUCUACAUUUGCACGUCUUGCACUACUCUAGUGUUGCUACGCACACGCUCUUCCCAGCUUGGAGACAUCUUCUCAUCCUUUGCUUGGAAAGUCCAUAACACUAUACCUGCGUGGAGACAUCUUCUCAUCCUUUGCUUCGAAAGGUAGAAUCUCCAUAAUCCAUAGUCGUCCAGACCUGCGUAGAGAUGAUCAGUACAGCCAGCCAUCUGUGAUGUGUGAUGUCGUGAUUAUGAAUUUGAGCUCCGCGUAGUUCAUCGAGACGGAACCUGCAAAUUGAAUUUGGCUCUUGGUUUAAAGUCACAAAGAUCAAAUAAAACGGUAUUUUAAAUACUGAGGUGAAACUGUAAAAUGGCAGAUGCUGCUCUCCUUCUGGUCACAAAAAAAAUUGGAAAAGCGGUGGCAGCAGAAACACUUAGCUAUGCUAGACCAUUGCUUGAAAAGAAAUCUAGAUCUAUUAAAGCAGUGCCAGAUAAGAUGAUACUCAUAAAGAAUGAUCUUGAGCUUAUCCGAGCAUAUCUCAAGGAAGUUGACAGGAAAGGUUGCACGGAUCUAGUCACUGAAACAUGGAUAGGGCAAGCCCGAAAAUUGGCUUAUGAUAUGGAAGACAUUGUGGAUCAGUUUACUUAUGUGGUUGGUAAACACCAUCUAGAUGGAGCAUGGUGGAGUUUUUUCACUAAAUGUCAGGACCCAUUUACACUUGAUGAAAUCGCUGCUGCAGUUAGGAGAAUAAAUAGGGAACUGAAACGGCUUAAAGAAUGCAGAGACUGGACUCAACCAGUUGCUGGAGGGAGUGAUGUUCCUGCAAAAGAUUAUGCCACCCAACAACAAAUGUAUCUUCCUGGACAUGGUUACUCAAUUUCUGAUGAAGAACUUAUAGGACUUGAUAGAAAUAGAGAAAUCUUGGUGAGGUUAAUGAAUUUGAAUAAAUGUUCUCAUCUGCAGAUCAUUGCUGUGUGUGGUAUGGGUGGAAUUGGGAAAAGCACUCUUGUCAACAAUGUGUUCAGAAAGGAAGCAUCCAAAUUUGAAUGCCAUGCAUGGGUUUCUGUCUCUCAGUCAUACAAUAUAUAUGAUAUUUGGAGAAGCAUGCUAAAAGAAAUAUAUUCUAAAGAGAAGAAAGAAUUUGAUGCUGAAAACAUGACCGGUGCAGAGUUGCAAAUGGAAUUGAAGAAAAUCCUAGAGACAAAGAGAUACUUGAUAAUAUUGGAUGAUGUCUGGACAGCUGAAGUUUUUAGAGAACUUAAAGAGGUUCUUGUUGAUACAGGGAUGGGAAGCAGAGUAGUAAUCACAACAAGAAUUGAGGAAGUAGCUUCAGUAGCUGAUGAUAGCUACAAGAUCAAAGUUGAGCCUCUUGAGGAGGAGGAGGCAUGGCGUUUGUUUCGCCGGAAGGCAUUUCCAAGAACUGAAAAUCACAUUUGCCCAUUAGUGUUAGAAGAGUGUGGUAAAUCGAUAGUGGAGAAGUGUGAUGGUUUACCAUUAGCUCUUGUGGCCAUAGGGAGCACAUUGUCUCAUAAGGCGCAAGAUGUUGCAGAGUGGAGGCGAUUUUAUAAUCAGCUUAUCUGGGAGCUACACAACAAUGGCGACCUGAAUCGUGUGGUGAAAAUUCUGAAUCUAAGCUACAAAUACUUGCCAGACCAUCUGAAGAGUUGUUUCUUGUAUUGUGCCAUGUUCCCAGAAGACCACAUGAUUCAUAGAAAAAGAUUGAUUAGAUUGUGGGUCGCCGAAGGAUUUAUUGAACAAAUUGGAGCAUGCAGUUUAGAAGAUGUUGCUGAAGGUUUCCUGACAGAGCUCGUUCGACGAAGCAUGCUUCAUGUGGUAGAGAGGAACAGUUUUAACAGGAUCAAGUGUGUUCGAAUGCACGAUCUUGUGCGUGAAUUAGCCAUUUUCCAAUCCAGGAGAGAGAGUUUCGGUACGACUUAUGAUGAUAGUCAUGGGGUGAUGCAGGUGGAGUCGGAUUCUCGUCGCAUGUCAGUGCUCCAAUGCAAAAAUGACAUUCAACCAAGCACAGGUCAAUGCAGGCUUCGUACCUUCAUAGCAUUCAGCAGUAACAUGGCAUCGUCUUCAUUGUUUCCAUCAGAAUCUAAGUACCUUGCUGUGUUGGAGCUAGCAGGAUUACCUAUUGAGACAAUUCCAAAUUCAGCUGGGGACUUAUUCAACCUUAGGUAUUUGGGCCUUGACAAAACCAAUGUGAAGGUACUCCCAAAUUCUGUUGUGAAGCUUCACAACUUAGAAACAUUGAGUCUUCAAGAUACAGAAUGUCUGCAUCUCCCUCGAGGGUCUGAAAAGCUGAAGAAAUUGCGGCACAUUUGGAUGUAUAAAUUGCUAGAUAGUACAUUCUCUAUUUUCAGAAGUAUUGGACCUAUGGAACCUUUUGAGGGAUUGUGGAGUUUGAAGAACUUGCAAACUCUGAAGCCAGUUUGUGCUAGUGAAGUUUCCGUCACAAAACUAGCAAAUUUAUCUCAGUUAAGGACCCUUAGCAUUAUUGGGGUAAGGAGCAUCCACUGUGCACAACUCUGUGCAUCGUUAUCAAUGAUGCACCAGCUCUCACUAUUAGAAAUAAAAGCCAGCAAUGAAGAUGAUGUGCUCCAGCUUGAAACAUUAACAUUGUCAAACCGCCUUAAAAAGCUCUUUUUAUCAGGGCGCUUUUCCGAAGGAACAUUGGAAUCUCCAUUUUUCUCAACCAACGGAGAUGCCCUUCACAAGAUAUCUCUACGUUGGUCCCAGCUUGCGGUGAACCCAUUACAGCGCCUCUCUGAAUUUUCAAAUUUGACCGAAAUAUGUCUUGCAAGGGCGUAUACUGGACAGGAGCUAACUUUUGAUGCAGAGGGGUUCCCAAAUGUGAAGAUUAUUCAGUUGUAUGAUAUGCCAGAUGUGAACCAAAUAUGCAUACACGAGGGAGCUUUGGUUCGCCUUGAAGAACUUUUGAUCAGAAACCUUGCCGAACUGCGGGACAUCCCUGGGCUGGGACAUCUGAAAUCCCUCAAAGAGGCAUGGUUUUAUGAUAUGCAUCCUUGUUUCAUAAGUAAUCUUGAAGCGGCCAGACUAGAUCAUAUCCCGAUAACCUUCUACAGGACAAUACGCUCUGGAGUGGCAUGAGCCUUUCUUGUGUGGAUGGGGUUUGAAGUCAUUGUAAUCGGUCAGUGACAACUGCCGCCCAUCUUGCUGUUAUCUUUUCUGCUUAUUCAAACAAGAACAACUGGUUUGUAAUAAGGCAGAGGAAUGAUUUCUAUUGCAGCCAUCCACCUUGGCUUUACAGUAUUUAUGCUUAGUGAUGCUAAGCUACUGCUUGAGAUACUUACUAUGUAUUUUUACACAGUGCUUCAUGUAAUAAUGUUGAAAACAUCAGCUACUUGCUCAACACAUGUUUAAGAGAAAACAA